AUGCUCCCAUCGCUCCACGACAUACUAGACCAGCACACAUACAAAUGGAUAUUCUUUGGGGGAAAGGGUGGCGUUGGGAAGACAACCACCUCUUCUUCGUUUUCUGUCCUCAUGGCCGAGACCCGUCCUAAUGAGAAAUUCCUGCUCUUGUCAACAGAUCCUGCGCACAACAUUUCCGAUGCCUUUGACCAGAAGUUUGGCAAGGCUCCGACUCAAGUCAGCGGGAUUCCCAACCUGUAUGCAAUGGAGGUCGAUGCCUCUAAUGAGAUGAAGUCUGCAGUUGAAGCCGUUCAAAAGGAGACAGGCUCUGCCGCUGACAAUGAUGCUGAGUCCAAAUCUGAAGGCGACAUGUUUGGCGGCCUCAACGACCUAAUAACAUGUGCCUCCUCGUUUAUUAAAGACGGAACGUUCCCCGGGAUGGAUGAGAUGUGGUCCUUCAUUAACUUAAUUAAGCUCAUAGAUACCAAUGAGUACUCUACAGUUAUCUUUGAUACGGCGCCCACAGGCCACACUCUGCGCUUCCUCGAGUUGCCAGAAACGGUAAACAAGGUGCUAGAAAUCUUCACCAGAUUGAAGGAUAACAUGGGAGGGAUGCUUUCGAUGGUAAUGCAAACCAUGGGACUGUCUCAGAACGAUAUCUUUGGCCUCAUUGACAAGACUUACCCGAAGAUCGACGUCGUCAAAAGGAUCUCUGCUGAGUUUCGGGACCCAUCCCUGUGCACCUUUGUAGGGGUCUGCAUACCGGAGUUUCUAUCUCUCUAUGAGACAGAGAGGCUUGUUCAGCGGCUUGCAGUCCUGGACAUGGAUUGUCACGCCAUAGUUAUCAACUUUGUGCUCGAUGCAAAUGCUGCCACUCCUUGCUCCAUGUGCAGGAGUCGGGCGCGAAUGCAGAAUAAGUAUAUUGACCAAAUCAAUGAGCUCUAUGACGACUUCAAUAUUGUUCUUAGUCCACUGAGACACGAUGAAGUGCGGGGGAUAGCCAAUCUUCGUGACUACGCCGAGACACUCAUCAAGCCCUACAGGUUCUGUUGGUCUGCGAACCCAGACCCGUCCAGUGCGAAGUAA